AUGACACCCGAUAGCGAGUCCGACUCUGGAUCCGAUACCCCAUCCCUCACAAGAAGCCAGAAACCCGAUUUGGCAUAUCUUCAACGUGAGGAAUCUAAAGAUGCAGGAUUCCUUACUAUUUUUAUUUCAAACGACUGUUGUCUUCGCUCUGAGACACCAGCCACUGUGGUAGCCACUUUGGCAACUAAGGGAAAAAUCCUUCGAAAGUGUAUGCUCGAGGGUCUACACAGCUUGCAGGAGCAAAAGGAAAUAAUUGAUGGUUUAAUUGCCAAACCCUUGGAAUAUGUGGCACCUCCUUUGCUCGCUAUCGAACCAUUUGCGUUGCCCGAACACUGGAUCCUGAACCGUCGAUCGACCUAUGAUGUAGUCACAGACAUGCUCGUGGGGGAUACUGAUAUGAGCAGUGUCCCUUACCUUACGACGGAAGAGAUACUCGAGUCAUGUCCUUUCCCCGUCGGAACAGCGUGGUUUGCACUCGAAUUCGAUUACGUUACUGAUCUUCGUAUUUUAUCACCAUCGAUCGAUGCAUCACCCUCUGUCUUGAAAGGCGUACAAUUUUUUCACUGCGAAUUUAUUUUCGUCGUCACUAAAUGCGUUCCUGCUCACAUCCAAAAGUUUCAACAGGGUUAUCAGAGCAAAUUUCAUAUUUUAUCAGCGGCUGCGGCUAUCGAGGGUACAUUCAUUCAAGCAUAG